UUUUCAGCAUGCUUCCCAACAUAAUCCUCAUAUUAUUGAUUCGAUAUUGCUCCUGUGGAGCCGGUAGCAGAGUGUACGAGAAGUAUGGGAAGCAAGUGCAAUUAUCACCGGCUACAACGUCUUCAUAUCGAGAAUGGUACGACUCGAAUCGUGAACAUAGUACUAGAAAUAAUACGAAUGUCGAUGAUUUUCAGACACAAUUGAAGAAAUCAUUAGAAAACACCACUGCCGCGUAUAACGCAACGUUUAUGCAAGAGCUCAUUGAAGAAAGGCAACGAUAUUUGGAAAAGCUCAAUGAAGGGCAGUUCAUCAACGACCAACGAAGGCUGGUAGAGGAGCUGCUGGAUCCAAACUAUUACGAGAAAACUGUGCAUCCAAAGAGAGACUACACGAGGCCCACUAGGGUCAAUUUAAGCAUGAGUCUCUAUCAGAUUCUUGAUGUGGACGAACACAUGCAAAGCAUAGAAGUCAACGUUUGGAUGGUCCAACACUGGUAUGAUGAGUUUUUAGACUGGAACCCAGUCGAUUAUGGUAUGAUCAAUAGGACAAUAGUUCCAUAUCAUCAAAUUUGGAUACCUGACACAUAUCUCUAUAAUAGUGAAGAACUAGAGCAAAAGAAGACAGAAUCUUUGAUGAAUGCUCAACUUGAAACGGGUCAUUGGAAUCAGAAAAAAGAUGGCGCAAAGGUUCAACUCAUGUUUCCAGCAAUUUACAAAUUGUCAUGUCGAAUGGAUGUGCGAUGGUUCCCAUAUGAUAGGCAGAAUUGUACAUUUAUCAUUUCUAGUUGGACACAUGAUAAGCAAACAAUUGACUACUGGCCUCUGAGCUCAACUGUAAAUCUUGGAAACAUGGCAAGAAAUGACGAAUGGGAAGUAAUUUCAUUUGAAUUUGUUCGUGUUGAAGAGACAUUCAAAUGCUGUACGGCACCAUGGGUGAUGCUAUAUGCACAUUUAGUAAUUAGAAGAAAACCAUUGUACUAUAUGAUUAAUUUGGUUGUUCCUACUUCCAUUAUUACAAUAGUAGCAGUAACUGGAUUCUUUACACCAACGUCGUCAUCAAGUGAAAGGGAUGAGAAAUUAUAUCUUGGUAUCAAUACUCUUCUGACAAUGUCAGUUAUGAUGUUAAUGGUUUGCAAUCAAAUGCCUUCUACAAGCACAUAUGUUCCAUUGAUGAGUUGGUAUUAUAUUGGAAUAAUUAUGGUGAUUGUUGUUGGAACAUUUCUAGCAACAGGAGUUCUGGCAAUUCAUGGACAAAAGCAUUAUAACAAACCGAUUUCUGACAGGAUACGAAAAUUGAUAUAUAAUCCGGUUGUUGAAUUUUUCAUAUUAAGUCCUCCAACAUCUUUAAUCGAUUUAUGGACAGAAUUUGGAGUGAUAUCCGAACAGCGACACUCUACACAUCUAGACCCACUUCUUUUGCAACAUAUGGAUCCUAUUUCACACACAACUCGCGCCGAUCCUCAACAUUUUUUUGGUUCUAUAUCAUCUCAGAUGUGUGAUCUUCAGUCUACGUACAGUUAUACCGCUCGACUGGCGACGAUAACCAGACAGUACACACAACACGCAAAAAUGAAAGCUCUUCGUAAAAAUCAAUAUCGAAUGAGCAUGGACACAAGUCAGGCGAGAGGUGUCAAAAAGCAAAAAAUGCAAAGAAGGUGCUCUUUGGAAUGGGAAUUCCUUGCAAAUGUGCUCGACAGGAUUCUUCUGACCAUUUUCUGCGGAUUCACAUUUGCUGUAUUUAUAAUUUUGAUCGGGUUUGACUCGUUUUUCACAUUUCACACAGACUCUCCUCCAAAAACUAUGUAACAUUUCAUAUUUUGAUAGAUUGGUUACGGUAGCAAGGUAGAACUUUUGAAAAAUGUUCUUCUGAGUUUUUACAGAAGUGAAAAAGAUUCCCAAGACACCCUUGUAUAAAUAAAUUCGUUCCACUUUGUUACCGUAACCACCCCCUUUCUUCGCCAUGUCACUGUUAUCAUAUUUUGCUAAUCACAUUAUCAGUUUAUCACAAAUCACGAAUCUUUCAUGUGUCUUCUGAGAAAAUAAACAAUUUGAAACUCAAA